AUGUCCAGCAUAUUUGCCUGCAUCUUUCAAGCUUCUCACACUCUUUUCUCCAAUGGUUCAUCUGACUCUCUCGAUGCUGCAACCCGUAUCUCGGCGACUCCUGCUGGCCAAUUUCUUCGCCUUUUGGUCGCCUGUCUUGAUCAUCCUGGUCAAUAUCCUUACGAUGAAACCGUAUCCGAUCUUGCACUUCAAGCCUGGAUGCCGCUGCAGGAGCGUCUGACCAGUCUCCAUGAUAGGUUAUUUUCUUCUAUACUUCCAUCCGAUGAUUUUGUCUCAAACCCAGCUUCACGACUGGCCCUUCAAUUUAUCGAUGAUCUGCACCUGUCUAGUUUAGAAACCAUUCUUCGCAAGCUGUUCCUCUGCUUGUUUAAAUGUUUUUUUGUGGCAGAGCGCUCAACCUGUUUAUUUGUUUCUGUGUGCAGACCUGUAUAUUCUAUCUCCGAUUCACUACCAAAUACACUUUUUUGCUCUCAGGCCUAUUUACAUGAUAAGCUGAUAGAUUCGCUGUGUAUGCGUCGCCGACCAGUUUGCACCUCAGACAAACCUGAAACUUGGAUCCCAACCGUUCCUGCAUUAUCCGAAGAGGAGCUUGAGCGGUGGGUAAACUAUCGUGCCGAGCUAGCCAAUUCGCUCUCGGGCGCCUUCGUUCUUAGGCUACCGUUCAACAAUUGGUCAGCUAAAAAUACUUGCAAUUUCUUAUCUCCCGAAGUGUCUCCCCGGGAGUCUUGUACUUGGCCAUUUCGACUGACACGCCAGUUUAUUGAACUUUUAUCUUUCGAUGACCCGCUGACAAACUGGCAGGUGGGUUUUUGA